UUACGCUGAUAUCCUAGGUCAGUUUUUAGUAGAUUGGUAGGGAAAUAUGUUCCUAGAUCUGCUUGCAGAGGCAACAAAGAUACUGUUAACUAAGGGGCAACCUCAGGUGUUUGGAACGCCAGAGAACCUUGGAGCUCACAUAAAUCUUGUGCAUGGAAGGCAGGCAGGGCACUUCCUGUUGUUUCCUUGCUUGCCAAAGAGCUUUCUAGAUUAAGUAAUGAGGGAAACGGGCACCCACCCAACCAGGAGGUCUGCACGUAUGGGAAUUUCCAUAUGAAUAACCGGAACAUCGAAACCAAGUGGUUUAACGAUGGACUCGACACGUUAAGUGUGAAUCGUGAUUCGUGAGACACAUAGAGGGGGUGUACUGCUAACUAACCCYACGCUAGCAAGGAUAACUAGUUAGCUAACUAUCUACAAUCAACUACGACUUGCUGUUGUGAAUGGUGUACCCUAGCUAACGUUAGCGUGCCAUACAAUCAAAAAGAAGAUUAUUCUCUGAAAAUUCUUUCCUCGACCACGAAAGGGCAGCAUGCGGCGAGAGCUGCGGCCGCUCUAGAAUGAAGAAGAGCCCGGCAAACCGUUGCAGGGACAUCGAGAGGCAAGCCGGCUACCUGCAGCCCGAGCACUGCGCCCCUCCCCCAACCCUCCCCCACUCCGACACCAUGUGGUUCAUCCGCGACUGCUGCGGCAUCGUAUGCGGCGUCAUCACCUGGUGCCUGGUGUUCUACGCCGAGUUCGUGGUGCUCUUCGUCGUGCUGCUGCCCGCCAAGAACCUGCUCUAUAGUCUAAUCAACGGGGCUCUGUUCAGUACCCUCGCCUUCCUCGCCCUGGCCUCACACACCCGGGCCAUGUGCACAGACCCGGGUGCGGUGCCUAAAGGGAACGCGACCAAGGAGUUUAUCGAGAGCCUGCAGCUCAAGCCUGGUCAGGUGGUCUACAAAUGUCCCAAGUGCUGCAGUAUCAAGCCCGACAGAGCUCACCACUGCAGUGUGUGUAAACGCUGUAUCAAGAAGAUGGACCACCAUUGCCCAUGGGUAAACAACUGCGUAGGAGAGAAGAACCAGAAAUUCUUUGUGCUUUUCACAAUGUACAUUGCACUGAUAUCCCUCCAUGCCCUGGUCAUGGUUGCCUUUCAUUUUAUCUUCUGCUUUGAGUCAGACUGGACAAAGUGCAGUACAUUCUCUCCUCCAGCGACCGUCAUCCUCCUCAUCCUCCUCUGCUUUGAGGGACUCCUCUUUUUCAUUUUUACCUCAGUGAUGUUUGGGACCCAGGUCCAUUCCAUCUGUUCCGAUGAGACGGGCAUAGAGCAGUUGAAAAAGGAGGAGAGAAGAUGGGCUAAAAGGACAAAGUGGAUGAACAUGAGGGUGGUGUUUGGCCAUCCGUUCUCUAUAGCCUGGCUAAGUCCCUUUGCAACACCUGACCACGGGAAGGCAGACUAUUACCAGUACGUUGUCUGAGACGGGAAGCCAUGCUCCAGCAACCGUGCUACCAGCUUGUCUUUCAGGGUGCGGACGGGCGAUAGUCUUCCCUCCGCCUGACUUCACUGAGCAUGAACUCUUCUGACACUCUUUUUCUUCUUUUCUGUUUUUGGUCAUUUUUCUUUAAAAAUCUUUAUCUGCUUGUUUUGAAUACCUGCCCCUUUUUUUUUUUGUUGCCUGGUGCUGAUUUGGAUAUCUGUAUUAAGUAUAAUCUAUUUUCCCUUCUGUUUAUAAUCACUGCCAAGCCCUACAAAACUAUGAACUGUAUAAUGCCUCUCUGCUUUUCUCACGUUUACCAUUGAAGAAAGCACUUACUGAUGUAACCUGGCCAGAGCCUGUAGCUGAGCUGGCUAAAAAUCUGGGCUUUGCCUUUGGGAUAGAAACGGAAAUGGAAAUGCUCUUAAACCCAAAGUAUUUCCUGUAUUUGGUCAUUUCCUGUUUAAGGACUAGGUCUAAACAAAGCAAACGCAUGAGCUGAAUUCAUAUUGUUUUCUGUCCGCUGAAAAGCCAAUCAGUUCCGAAAGGCAGAUUUUGUCUUCCAAUGUUGCAGUACCUCUGCCUUUCCGUAAUGUAGCCUAAAUGGUGUAAGCUAUAGCUUUGGUGCCAGUGCCACACUGUACUAACGGCCCACAAGGCUUUGCGGUUUAGAACAGCCAAAUCUUUUCCUGCAAGCUGCAGAUUCUUUGCCUUAUAAGACAAUUGCAAUUGGGUAAAGAGAUUUUUGUAACUCUGUAACCUUAAGUUUAAGUUGAAUAGGGUAUUUGCUUCCUGUCACGUCUAUGUGCAGGACGAGUCCCCUCCAAAAUUCAUGACAGGAUGAAGAUGAGGUUGGGAACAACAAUGGCUUGAAAGUCCAACUGUGGAACCGGCUGGUGGCAGUGGAUGGUUCUGUUGUUCCACUGUGUGGCAUGAUGUCUUACUGGUUGGUGUAUGUGACAACUGUUUCUAUAGAAAAAUGAUCACGAUGCCCUCUGAGAUUUUUCAAUUGGUCACCCAAUAACUAGAAAACUGGUCAAUGAAAUGUACAUAUUAUUUUAAACUUUUUUUAACAGAAGCAUGCACCUAAGUGUAAUUCCCUGUGUUCACUUAAUGGAAUUUGUAAAUGUCAUGUCAAAAAAACUGGUUAUCGGCUUGACAUUCUGUUUAUGAAUCUGGCACAGCUAAGCUUUUUGGAGCAAACAUUGGUGACGCAAUUUAGGCCAGUGGAACAUGUGCAUUGAAGCCUGAAAGACACUGCCUGGAAGUAGACUUUUUUUUUUAAAGUCUCCAUUGUGUACAAUGCUAGCUAAUUCAAAUUUAGACACAGACCGGUCUCCUAGAUACAUAGCAGUCGAAGUAGAUUGCCUCGGGGCAGUUAGGCAUCGAUUGCAAACAAUCGAGCCUCAUUCAAAGCAGAUACUUCAGUGAAAAUGCCUUUUUGUCUGUGAGAAAAUUAGAACACAAUCAAUUAUGUGCACGAGCCUUACUGUAGAAAGAAUAUGGGCUGUUGGUGAUGAAUAGAACGACUAUGGCUUGUGUCCCAAAUGGCACUCUGUUCCCUAUAUAGUGCACUACUUUUGGGCACAAUAUAGUGCUGUAGUGUACUGUGUAGGUAAUAGAGUGCCAUUUGAGAAGCAGCUUAAUUUAUGUGGAAUAUUUUUGCUGCCAUAUUCUCUGGUUUUACGACCCACACUGUAUGAACACAAUGGUUAUGUAUUCAUCAAACUAAAUUGUUUGCUAAUUUUACAUUUAGAAUACAGAGUGCAUUGGCACGGCAUGGAUGCCAUUUGAAGUGUGUAUGGACCACAUUUAUAGAUUUUUAUGCUAUAUUAUAAAGAAUCAAUUAAGAUUGAAUGUAAUGCUACUUUUAGUGACUUGUAUUGUGAAAGUCGCCUUUUCUAAGCAGUUUUUUUUAAUCGAAUGGGUGACUUUAAAGUUUAAGAUGCUUCAGUCAAAUCUACUACUGUGUCUUUCUGAUUUGAUGCACAUUUAUUUAAUUUUAAAGUGGUACACUCUACCUACAUCUCAAUACUGCCAUCUCCUGCUCUAACCGAUGAACCCGUAUUAUCUCUAUGUAGUGACUAUCACAUAUCUCAUCAAAUACUGUGAUUUAAAGUUGACUAUCUUAUCAGAAUGAAUGCUUCGCCAACAAGACUGAUUAUUUUAUAUUUCAAAUGUGCUUUUGCAGCUCAUUCCAGUGUACCUUUCCAACUAAUUAUCAGCUGAUCAUGUACAAUAUCCGUAUGCUUCACAGGCAUGUAUUAAUUAUUUGUAGAUCUGUGUACUGGAGUGGGAAGUUCUUGAAUCUGAUUUAUGUCUGUCUGUGCCAGAGUCUCUUUGAGGAGAGACGGGUGUAAUAAGGGUAUAUGAGGUUCCGUAGGAAGAGGCUGGCUUAAAGCUCAUGUUACCCUAGCCCCUUUCAUUAAAGGUAGACUCAGCUAUAUGACAUAGAUGCACAAAGUAAAACCGCAUAGUGGGUCAAUUUGUGCAACAACUAAGAUCGUUGGAAGAGCGAGGCUAAACUCCAUACUGCUGCGAACCCAUGCACAGAUACUGUGUGAGAGUGAAGUUUUGCAUCUCACUCAUCACAAUAUCUGUGGUGCUGCUUGUGGCAAUGUCAUUUAGCUCAGUCUACCUUUUUAAUUACUAUCAAUCGGAUCAGAAGCGCUAAGACCGAGUCCUACUCAUUAAUACAGGAUAUGCUGGGAAGUUGUCAAAUCUAUCCUAUUCUGACAAAGGGACUUGUAUUCUCUCAUGUCUCUCUCUUUAUACACUUUUUAAACAAACACACACACACUUGCUGUAAAUAGAUUAUUCACAAUGUGCAUCUCUUUGAAAUGUUUAUCCGAAUGCAAAAGUUUAAGUUACUUUCAUAUGGAAAUUAUUUACAAUAAAUGUAUUGUUUUUUUCCCGAAAAUG